GCAAGUCAUGAAAAGAGCUCAAAAGGUACGUAGUAGCAUAAAGCCAUGGGGUAUGUGAGCCAACCCACCCCCCAUCUACUCUUAUCUAUGCAUCCAAACGAAAUCUCCGAAAUAUCCAAACCCCCUCCAAUCAAAUCACCCCACGUCGCUCUUCUUCAAUCUUCUCAUAUAAACCACACUGCUGACUACAAAAGCUCACCCUACCCCCACCCCCACCCCCUUCCCCUUUCACCUUUUUCAACCCCUCUACUAUGAUCACCAAAGCCUCCAAACCUUCUUCACGUAAAACCAGAACUAAACGCCGUAAACCCAAAUACUUAAGCCUCCGUCUUCAGCUUAUCACCACCACUCCACCACCAAUGCCCACCACCACCACCACCACCACCCACGACCAUGACAAUAAACAACUCAUCAAUCUUUUCCCACUGCACCCCGAAAACCUAGUCGAACAAGAUAAACUAGACGAAGAACAUAACAUGGCCUGUCUAUUCUCGUCUUGUGAUGACGACGGAGCUGCCACCACCCUCACCGGAAUCCUGUGCUCCGACGACGAAGAUGAAGAAAACACCAACAACCCAUCUCCUUCUUCGGUUAACUACGCCGACGAGGAGGUGGAGCUUGUACGGACGGCGAUGAGGAGGAAUAAAACCGAGAGGGAUCGUCAUGAGAAGUGGGUUUGUUAUUCGGAGGUUGUGGAGAAGAAGAAGGUGAUUAGAGGGAUGUCAUCGUCGUCUUCAUCAUCAACAUCAUGUAAUCAUAAUAAUCAUCAUCGGAGUAAAUUAGUGUUGAAGCUUGAUUAUGGUAAAGUUAUGGAUUCUUGGGUCAACAAAGGUCCACUUUAUAUUCAUAAGAAUUCGGAUCCGGAUACUCCACAACCGCAAACUGUACCCGAUCUUCAAGAUGACGACUUCUUUUUUCCAUCUUCCACCUCUCUUAAUGGCAUCACACAUGACGAACGAGACAAUGGUGGCAAUGGAGGGUCAUGGACAGUUCCCGAAAUGACACACAUUGAAAAUACAGACAUUGGCAGAGGAGAUGAUGCAUUACAAGCGGUGGGGUCCAGUGCAAUGAUUCAACAUAGAGAAGCUAGUGUCCAAAGAUACAAAGAGAAACGACGCAACCGUUUAUUUGCUAAAACCAUUCGUUAUGAAGUAAGAAAGUUGAAUGCUGAGAAACGCCCUCGUAUUAAGGGAAGGUUCGUGAAAAGAAACUGAAUGAGAUACUUUUUAUUAUUUUUCCAAGUUACAAUUUUAAGUUAAAGACCUCCUUUAGAAUGGAAUUACGUAUUUUGGACAAUGUACAUAUGUAUUUGUAUUUCAAAAUGAAGAUAAUAAUGAAAAACGUUACAUUUUAUUAAUAAAACUUAUAAAUUGUCACAUUCUUACCAGACAAACACAAAGAAAAGAACAAUAGCAAACGUGUUACAUGAGCCAUCAAGCUUUCCAUUCAGCAAAAUGAAAACCACCCGAAUUUGAGAAAUGGGACCACAAGGACUUAUUACUUAUUAGUACGAGAGCAUGAAAUUAAAUUGGGAAAAUGAUUCUUGAGGGUAAUUACUUUUGUAUUUAUACUCAUUUGGUCCUUUUUUUUUAAUUCAAUAUAUCAUUGAACUUGUUGUUUGUGUUCACCAUAACCCUUCUGAC